UUUAAGUUAAUCUGAUGAUUUUUAUUAAAAAUCGAAAAAGAAGGUUGUUUAGAUUUUGAUCAAUAGAUUUUUUACAUUCAAAACUAUUUUAUAAAAAAAUUUGAUUUAGGAAGAGAAGGGGAUGGAAAACUUUCGAUUGAUGCAGUUUUCAUAUGGUGCGAAUAAAGAUGGCCAUACAGUAGCAAUUUUAACAGCUUAAUGAAUUAAAUAAAAAACUUGGAUAGUUUGUGUAAUCAUUUUAUAAUUUUUUAAAAUUAGAUGACCAAAACAUAAACUUAUUAAUAAAUUAAUGAUCUUGUAUGUAGUUUACCCUAAGCCUUUCUAAAUGCUGUUAAUUAAGAUGAGACUAAAGCCCAGCCCAAAAUUGUUAAAAACAUUGAUUUGCCAAAGCUUCCCGUUUAUUAAACAACGCUUUCGAUACUUGGCUGACUCUGCUUUUCUCUGUACUCUGCCAAUUUGAUUAAAAACUAAAAAAGGAAAAAGCUUCAAAAAACAAUGGAGAAGAUGAUGGCAUUGAGAUCCGUUUCUAGAGCAGCGUGUUUCAGAUCUUCCCGUUUUACCCCCAUUGCUGUCACGGCCGCCAUCAAUCACAGUCGCCACUUGGUUUCCCGGAGUUUCUUCUCUAUCUCAUCGCCUAUCGCCACUAAUCCGCCUGGAAACACCCCUUCUGAUGGGAGGUCGUCCUUUGCGUUGAGAUCGGGAAGCAUGCGCUAUUUUAGUGAAGAUGCAGCUCAUUUGCCUGACAUAAACGACACUGAGAUUCUGAAUGUUUUCAAGGACUUAAUGGCUGCAAGUUGGGAUGAGCUUCCCUAUUCGGUCGUACAAGAUGCAAAGAAAGCCUUGUCGAAAAAUACUGAUGACAAAGCCGGUCAGGAAGCUUUGAGAAAUGUUUUCCGUGCUGCUGAAGCUGUUGAAGAGUUUGGUGGUAUUCUAAUCACCAUGAAAAUGGAACUCGAUGACAGCAUCGGAAUGAGCGGAGAGAAUGUAAAACCUUUAUCAAGCGAGUUUGCUGCUGCACUUAAGACAGUGUUCCAACGAUACGCGACUUACUUGGAUGCAUUUGGUCCUAACGAAACCUACUUGCGAAAGAAGGUAGAGAAUGAGUUGGGAUCAAAGAUGAUCUACCUAAAGAUGAGAUGUAGUGGCCUAGGUUCUGAGUGGGGAAAGAUUACCGUUCUUGGAACCUCGGGACUCUCUGGAUCUUAUGUGGAACAAAGAGCUUAGCAGUAAAUUGUUGAGACAUUUCAUGUGAACUCUUUUUUUUGUUCUGUUUUAGAUCAUGUUUAUGAAUAGUAGGAGACAAGUUGGUGUUGUUCUCCUAGAAAACCUUGGGAGUUUGCUUGGAAAGCUAAAUAAAAAGGCUUAUGUUGUCAAAAAAACAAUAAAUCAAAAUGUAAAAUCAUGUUUCUGAAAUUUUUUUCAUGGGAAAAUUUGCAUGAAAAUUUUUAUGGGAAAA